CUAGUGUCUUCAAGCACAUUUGGGCCCUGUCUUUGAAGAGUUACAUGUACGAUUGAUCCAAUCAAUCACAACUAUGGACGGCGCCAGCAAUGUCAACAUCUGCAUCGAGUCAACAUGAACGCUCUUGAUAUGUCCAACCGGCGUUACGCAUGUUCCCAAUGCAAUAGGACCUAUAGUCGGAAGUUUGAUAUGCAGAGGCAUGAACAAAAAGCUCACCCUGAUACAGAAGAUGAAGGCAAAAUUGAAUCUUCCGACGCUGAAGAAGGUACAAGUGAGGAUGAUUACUCCGAACCACCCUCUCAAACGGAGGGAGUUGAAGAAUCUAGUGAUUCAGAAAACGAUGGAGAGGAUGAAUCGUCAAUGUCAGAGACAGAUAACAUGGAUGAAAUUGAAGACAACCCUGCUUACCAAGUAUGGUUGGAGCAGGCCAUGACAGCCACCAAGGACCUGAGAGACGAAAAAUAUCAGAAAUAUAUUUCAGAGGGAAUGGAAGAAGAAGACGCUAAAGAAAAAGCGCACGUGAAAUUACUGUGGGCCGUCAAACGCAUCUUUUUCGAUCUUUACUCCAAGUUCUUGCAGCAAAACAUUAGCCUAGGAGAAGCUGACGUCAAUCACGAGAUCGUUUCUGAUCUCAAGGAAAGACUAGAAAAUGGCAUGGAAUUCCAGAAAGCCGUACAAAGAGUCUUAGCCAGGCAUGGUCCACAAUUUGAUGGUUUAUUCCAGUUCCAAGAUGGAGGUGACGAUGACGACGAUGAUGAAGAAACAGAGAGUGAGGAUGGAGUCUACAACUAAAGGCACAACACCACCUUGUCAACAAAAAUAAUCAAAGAACUUGAAAACGCCGUCAACAAAAAUGACAGAUUGAACUCUAUUAUUUCUAUCGUCAAUAUUCAUACCAGCCAUAGGCCUAUACAUGGAUUGUGUUACAGCGAAGAUAUAACAGUUAACAAUUAUUUUGUCUACACAAUACGUACUUCGAUUACUUUUACCUUUGUAUCAAAAUCUUCUUUGUGUAUAUGUCUGGACUUAAAAUGGAAUAAAAAUGAAUAAUAAUAACAUAUAAUUGUACAGUGUUCUAUGUUAUCACCAUGUGCGUGAAUGGAGUUGACCUGAAGCUAGUGCCAUCUAUGUAAUACAAUUUGUGUGAGUCAGAAAGCCAAUAAAGAGAGACGUGUAUGCGGGUCAAAAUGAAAACUAUGGAAGUAUGAAAGAACUGAUUGGAGCGGAGAUGCAAAGAUUAGUUUCUAACAUUCCUCGCUUUGUUCGAAAAAUCAAAAGUUUUUUCGACCAAGACAUCGUUAAGUAGUUUGCUUUCUACCGUUUACCAAAAUAACCGAUUGGAGUGAAGAUACAAAGAUUAGUUCAUGCAUUCCUCGCUUUGUUAGAAAAUCAAAGGUUGUUUUCGACCAUGACAUCUUGAAUGGUUCGUUUUCUUUCAUCUAUUAUAAUAUAGAUGAUAGAGGGAGAAGAGUAUGGGGGAAGAUCCAAAAUUAAGAGGAAAAAUCGAUGGAAGCGAUGGAAAAUCAAGGAGUUGCAAAGGAAUUAAUUUGGGGAGAUCACAAAGACACGCUGGACAGGUUUGAGAAGGAUUGUGUUCCAGGGAUGGCGUCGAUAGAAAAUCGUUGCGUAGCGAUACCAGGGUGUCUCAUCUCCAAUCACUACGAAACUAUUUCAGACCAAGAGAAAUUCGAACUCUUACACAGGCACGGCAUGCCUCACGAGUUGAAAGAAGAUUGGUCUAAAGGGUGGAAGAGACGAAUUCUUCAACGAUUUUGUAAUAAUAAAUUAUUCAUCGAUGUCUAUCUCAAUCACAUUGCAAGCACGAAGAUUCCAGCAGCCUCCUUCUCAUUCUACAAACAUCCAUGCUGGUUCAAAAAAGGAUACACAGCGUCGAAAAUUCUAUACAAAGGAACCAUAAACGGGAUCUUACUUAUAGAUGAAAUCGAUUAAUUUUCCAUAGAAUAUGAGUUGUAUAUAUGUAGAAUGGCAUCACUUAAUCUUCAUUGUAAAUAUGUUUCACUGUAAUAUAUGGACAUGGGAAACUAGGUUUUGAAUAUUAUGACAAUGUUAAUAUGGACAAUAUUUUGGACGAUCGACGCUCGAAUGGAAAUAUUAAAAGGGUAAGUCAAACAUUGACACUCCUGCCCUUUUUUCCCAGUGCUAUUAUAUUACCCAAA